UAUAAGGAGAGAAUUGCACGACAAGGUUGCUUGCCUUCCUGUAUUAGUCCCACAUCUAAUUUUUUGACUGAGGUACCAAAUUUUGAGCAAGCUCGUUGUACUACAUUAAUGGAACUUCUCACGUCACCUCUGGUUCGUGGUAUGUUGAAGUGUGUCGUCCGUUUCCUAGCAGUUCUUCCGGCAGAAGUUGAAUGCUUCAGAUCGCCCACUGGCAGCUAUAGGAUGAGAAUUACCCUGGAGGAUCCUACAGCAAGAAUACAUGCACUUCUGCAAAGUGGAGAUGCGGAUGAAUUCUUUGGUGAUGAGCUAGACAUUGAUGCACUUGCUGUCAAGAUGAACAGAUUGCUGGGCAUGUCUGAAUCAGAUAACACAUGGCGGAAUCCUCCAUGGAGUGUAUGUUGUAUUGGAUUUCAUUCCUCGAAUGAAAAUGAUCUUUGGGGAAGUAGGCACUUUCAUAUAUGUAACACUAGACUUGUUACGUGAUACUAUAACUGCAUUUAAGGAUAGCCAGUCAUUAGGGUUUUGAAUCAUACUCUAGAGUCUAGACUAA